GAGGAAACAGGAAGUACGUACAGUUGGCGUUAUUAUGGUCUCGAAGCAGAAGCGAGGAAAUACUUAGCGAGCAAUUCGACAAAUCGGCGUGUUUCCCGGUUCACUCGGCGAGCUGUCCGAAGUUUAGCGUCCUGCGGAGCGGCGACGAUUAGUGACGAUGGGUUGCUUCUUCUCGAAGAAAUCUAAGAGGAAAGGGGCGCAAAAGGAGGCGACGCCGACGGCAGGGGACGGCGGCCCCAGCGCGGCGGCGGAGGAGGAGGAGGAAGGAUCGAAGCAGUACAGCUGGGACAAACGAGAGAAGGUCGAUCCUAAGGACUACAUGUUGACAGGGAUUAAGGAUGCCACGGUCGGGCGUUUACCUGGCAAACUCAACGGUCAGCAGUUUGUCAUCCAGGACUGUGAGAACUGCAAUAUCUACGUGUUUGACCAUUCAGCGGCCGUCACCGUUGACGACUGCAUAAACUGCCGUAUUAUGCUGGGGCCGGUGAAGGGCAGCGUCUUCUUCCGGGACUGCAAGGACAUAAAGUGUGUGGUGGCGUGCCAACAGUUCCGCACGCGGGACUGCAAAAAGAUGGACGUCUUCUUAUGCUGUGCCACGCAGCCCAUCAUUGAGUCCUCCACGGGCAUGAAGUUUGGAUGCUACCAGUAUUUCUACCCUGAGCUUGCCUACCACUUUAAAGAUGCUGGCCUGAGCAUUUUCAACAACAACUGGAGCAACAUUCAUGACUUCACCCCGGUUUCUGGCGAGACUAACUGGAGCUUGCUGCCAGAGGAAGCUAAGGUUCUUGACUACGUGCAACUGCCAGACUCCGACUCGGAGUUCAAAUCCAUUAGGAUCUCCACUGAGCUUGGGAGGAGCAUUGUGCCAUUGACCCAUGGAGGGAGGCGGAAGCAUAGCGAUGAAUCCUGCCUUUUUGUGUUCUUUGCAGGGGACUACACCACGGCUAAUGCCCGCAAACUCAUUGAUGAGGCAACAGCAAAGGGCUUUGUUCUGAUCCAAACCAAAGAGGUUUCGAUGCGUCCUGAAGAUGUCAACAGAGUCUUUCAGAACAAUGCAGAUGCCCUCACGGAAUUAAUAACUAAAGGCCCAGUUGUGGCUCUAGAACUGAAUGGAGAAGGUGUAGUUGAAGCCUGCCACAGCAUCGCUGAGGAUAUAUUCAGUGGAACCAAGGUAUUUGUUUCGGAAAACAAAAAUUCAUCCUCAAAAGAUGUGGAUAACUUCUUCAACUUUGCUGACAUGCAAAUGGGACUGUGAAACUUAAGUGAGAAGAGAAAAGAAAAUGCACCACAGAUGAAUGUGUUUUUGUAUGUGUCGUUUUGAAGUGACAGUAUUUUGUAUUCACGGUAUAUAUGUAAAACUCUUACCUAAUCAUGACUUUAUUAUGAGCCCCACAAAGGUGAUCAGAAUUGUUUAGAAAUUUGUAAAAAUUGAGCCAUUCCUUAAUUUUACACUGGCUUUUUGAAGCAGUCAUGUCUUUUUAUUUAUUUUUAAUUAUGUGGACACCAUGACUUCAGAUCUGUGAGUGGAUCUGGUUUUAUAAUACUUAACAUGUGAAUGUAGGGAGAUUUAUACCUGUAACAGGUUGUUCACUCUCAAUGUUAUUUUGAAAUAGAUUUUUUUUUUAUUGGCAUCACUUUAUAUUUUACAAUCUCGUUACUUUGUAUGUGUAAUAAGUAGUGAUUUAAUGCAGUAUUACAAUGUUGUAUGAUUUAUUUGUUGAGAUUUACAUUUUAAGUAAUCAAGAUGAGUAUUUUCUAAAUCAGCAUUUUUCUGACUGUAUUUUAGAUAAAUAAUUAAGUAUGUCUCAAUUUGAUUUUAGCAGCCAGAAGAGGAAGUGGCCAAUAGUAAUUUUUUUGCAUUUGUAAACCUGUCGGGGGGAUUACUGUGUGUUUUAAAUGUUUCAUAUGUAUAGAAAUAUUUUUAGAGCAGAAUUUUGGAAUACUACAACAGUGAAGCUAUGGUAUCUUUCAAAGUCCCAGUAUGAUCAAUAAAAGAAGUAGGAUGGCAGGUGUAUGGAAAAAAAAAUAAUAAUUAUGCCUACUUUCAAGAUUAUUUGCUGCUUUUAGAACAAAUGAAUGUAGAUGUUAUUACAAAAUAAAUUUGUCUGUUUUUAGGUAUUGGAACUGAAUUAAAA